AAAAUUCUCCUGACGUGUGCAGAGUGAGCCCCACUCCUGCACUUCCUUAAUAAACACCUACAUCCAGCCCACGGACUGAGUGGACUGUGGACAGUUUCUAACCGCUUCAAUCCAACGUGAAGCUGCUCCGCUGACUGACAGAUGGCCUUUCUUUGGACUCUAAAGCGUUUGUUUAAAUGCAGCAGAGAAACGAGGACGAUCGUUGAGGCUUCGAGGCUCUACUGCUCUUCGAUGUCCUCUGGCAGGCAACAUGUUAACGGCGUUGAUCUGUACUAUGAGCAAACAGGAAGAGGGAAACAUGCCAUUCUUCUUCUCCCUGGUGCUCUAGGUAGCACAAAGACAGAUUUCGGUCCUCAGCUAAAGUCUCUGAACAAAGAAAGCUUCACUGUGGUUGGCUGGGACCCGCGUGGGUAUGGACAGUCCCGUCCCCCAGAUCGAGAUUUCCCUGCUGACUUCUUUGAGAGGGAUGCAAAGGAUGGAGUGGAUCUAAUGAAGACUCUGGGCUUUAAGAAGUUCUCUCUGCUGGGUUGGAGUGACGGUGGAAUCACUGCUCUGAUUGCAGCUGCCAGGAACCCUGAACUGAUAAAUAAGAUGGUUGUCUGGGGAUCUAAUGCCUUUGUUUCCAAGGAUGACCUGAAGCUUUAUAACAUGGUCUGUGAUGUCUCCAAGUGGAGCGCAAGGAUGCGGCAACCCAUGGAGGAAAUGUACGGAGCCCAAGAAUUCGCUAAAAUAUGGGAAAGCUGGGUGGAUGGCAUUGCUCAAUUUAUAAACAGACCAGAAGGAAGCAUCUGCAUGGAGCUUCUCCCACUGAUCAGCUGUCCAACCCUGAUCAUCCAUGGAGAGAAAGACCCCAUGGUUCCCAGCUUCCACCCUCACUACCUCCACAAAAACAUAAAAGGGUCAAGGUUGCAUUUAAUGCCAGAGGGAAAGCAUAAUCUUCACCUGAAAUAUGCUGAGGAAUUUAACAAGCUAGUUGAAGACUUUCUGGAAGAAUGAAGCAAUUCAUCAUUUAUUUUUUUACUUUGAAAACAGUAAUCUGUGUCUGAACCACUUCUGUGUAAUCGUCUUGCUAUUUUUCUUCUUUUUUUAACAAAUAAAAAAAAAUCGGAGAUCUUCCAAUCUGUUCACAGCCAUUAAAACUGAUCUAAUUUUCUGCUAA